AUCUGUGCUGUAGCUCCUCCUUGGCUAGCUCUCUCCCAGGAGGGUCAAAGUGUGCUUGGCAACUGCUGCUAUCAAGUGAUAGAUCGGUGAGGUUCUAAUGCAUUACAUUUUUAUACACCGGAGGAAUUGGACAGAGCUCUUAAGAGAGGCUGCUGCAGCCUUGAACGCAAGAGCAAAGAUUCCAGUGUGCUGCACUCGUCCUCUGGUGUACUUACGAACGUUUCCUUUUGGCAGAGAAUUGUUGGGGAGGGAGGAGCAAUGCCUGGAGGGGCCAUUUGAAUUCUGCGGCAAAUUGGGCUGUGAUUCUGAAGUAGCAUCAUAUUGCAGUGGUUGUGUCUGAGGCUCCGGUCUGGAUUCUUCUGUGGUUUAAAGCUUCACCAAGGAAAGCUGAGAGACUUAUUUUUCAAAUGUUGUGGGUUUCUAGUAUUUUUUUAUUUUUUUUAAAUCGGUCUCUCCCUUUGACAAAUGCUGAAUUAUGGAGUUACAGUGCUGAUAUUUUGCGAGGCUAAAAUUAGCCUCAUUUCCACAAAAGGUUUUUUUGUCUUCUCAACAUCACGGGCUUGACUCGACUGAGCCACAUGUGAGGGAGCACUGGAGACUAGUGAAGCAGAAAAUAUAUGCAUAUGUUUACUUUCAACAGAAGAAAGACAGGUGACAUGUCCCCCUCUUUGUUUUCCAGUCAAUGGCACAGCCUAUUCAUGCCAGCAUUUUUCUUUAUUUCUUAAGAAGCUGAAAGCAUGGCAACUGCUUGGGGAUAGCUCUGUUCAUCUCGUGUUCCUGCUUUGAGGGUGGUGACUGUUUGCUGGAUUUGUAGGAAAAUUGCAAUGCUGAUAAUACUGAGCCGAGGCUGUUUGCUCAGAUAGUAAAUGAGUGAGGCAGAAGACAGACACUGCAACAGCAACUGAGCCAAGAAUGACAUCUGCUUGGUCUGUGCAGAACAGAAGUAUGAACUCUUCCUUGGAAGGAAACAAUACCAGCCGACUAUUUUGCCUUUUGGGAUUCAGUUACUACGAAACAGUUAACAUUUGCCUCCUGGAAGUAAUCGUCAUUGUUUUCCUCACUGUGUUAAUAAUUUCAGGUAAUCUUAUUGUUAUAUUAGUCUUUCAUUGUGCGCCCCUUUUGAAUCACCAUACUACAAGUUAUUUCAUUCAGACCAUGGCAUUCGCUGAUCUUUUUGUUGGCAUCAGUUGCCUGGUUCCUUCUUUGUCUCUUCUUCACUACCCGACAGGUUCUCAUGAAUCUUUAACAUGCAAAUUGUUUGGAUAUAUUGUGUCCGUUCUGAAAAGUGUUUCGAUGACCUCUCUGGCCUGCAUCAGCGUUGAUCGAUACAUUGCGAUUACCAAGCCGCUGUCGUACAAUCAGCUGGUCACCCCGUGGAGGUUGCGUGUUUGCAUUGUAAUGAUCUGGACGUACUCCUGCAUUAUCUUCCUUCCUUCUUUCUUUGGCUGGGGAAAGCCUGGCUACCACGGGGAUAUAUUUGAAUGGUGUACAAAUUCCUGGGAGACAAACGUUUACUUUGCAGGAUUCAUUGUGGUUUUGCUGUACGCCCCUUCUGCCCUUGUGGUCUGUUUUACCUAUUUCAACAUAUUCAGAAUAUGCCAGCAACACACUAAAGAAAUCAAUGAAAGACGUGCUCGAUUUAAUCCCCAAGAAGGGGGAUCAACCGAAAACUCACACAGCUCUGAGAGACAUUAUGCUAUGGUUCUAUUUCGGAUCACCAGCGUCUUUUACAUCCUUUGGCUUCCGUACAUCAUUUAUUUCCUCCUUGAAAGCUCGCACAUUUAUAACAGUCCGGAGGUAUCUUUUCUGACCACCUGGCUUGCCAUUAGCAAUAGCUUCUGUAACUGCGUGAUUUACAGCCUUUCCAACAGUGUCUUUCAGAAGGGCCUCAAACGUCUCUUCGGUGCUGCCUGUGCUUCAUGUAUCUGGUAUGUGGAAAGCAGAAACCCUUCGAUGCCUGGAAGUAAAAGAUCCUCCAAUGACUGCAACGCUUGAGAAGUAUAAGCCGUGACAUUCAAUGCCCUGCUCAGUGCAUCACUUCAGUUCCACUGUAAUUUGAAUUUAUUGAACUGGGCUCGAGUUCGGUGGUGGUAUUGAGUCGUCCUCAGGCAACCUUAUGUUACGGUUUAUGUUACGAUCCAGUGAAUGCAUUGCCUUUCACAAGAUGUAAUCAAUAAUUAAAACAAAAAUUUAAACAGAAACUUGCUGCUCUGUUUUUACCUGUUCAUAAUUAUGUAUGAACUGUGUUUAUGAUUCCUUCGAGGGAAUUGAGAUAUUUAUGGGCCAAAUGUUUUAAUAUCCUAUUGCACUGUACAAGAACUUCCAGAAAAUACUUGUUUUCAUUGACUAUUAUUAUUGUACCGUCUGAUUUGUAAUUACCUGUGAAUGCAACAACCAUGUAAACCAUAAAUAAGCAACUUAACCCUAGAGGGUCCGACCCAUUUUAACACAGUUUACCAGUGGAUGUUAAGCUGUUUGCAUUCUGCCAAAAUGUGUGUAUGAAGUUCCCUAUUAAACAUAUGUAACGCAAAAUCUUUAAUAUUGUGCCGCAGUACUAAGCAACUCAAAUGUAUGGUGAAGCCACACCUUAUGAGUUUUCAGUUUGAUAAUUCGAUUAAUUAAUUGGCAUAAGUCGGAAAUGGGUCAAAUCUUAAGAUGUUUAUUUAAAGAGUUUGACUGCUCUGUUUAUCAUGGAUGAAAUGUGUAUAGCAAAGGAUUAGGUUUUCAAAGUCAUGAACAUUUGAGGGGAAACUGUGGUUAGUUUAUUUAAUUGCUUUUCCAUAUGGAACACAUUGAUCUUUU